AUAAACUUAAAGUUUUAUAUUAUUUAUAUUUAGGAGGUGUCAGGAUUGUAAUAUUUAGUAAUUGACCGGUAUAGAAUGCAUAAUUCCGUUUUUUUUGAUAGUUCCGUCGAAUUUGUGGAGUAAAUUUCUGUUUGCAACGUCUAUCUAUUUCCGUUUUAUAUUAAGUUUGAUACCUUUUACUUGUGCUCUGGAAAUCAGUUCAGCUAUUCCAAUUACACUUCCGUUGACAACCUUACCAUAUUGUACCUUGUUUUUGAGUUAUAAUUGAAGUUGAGAUUUACAUUCAUUCAUUCAUACCCCGCAGAAUACCCCAGUUUUUUUACCAUAGCUUAACACUCACUUACAGUUAAAACCAAGUAUAUAAAGCUGCAAAAUCCUAUUAAUUAAACAUCUGUGAUUCUUGUUUUUGAAUAGUAGCAAACAGUUGUAGACAAAUAUGACUAAAGUUGAAUCACAAAUUAAGAAUUCAAACACGGACGUGUUAAUAAUUGGAGCUGGUCCUUCGGGGUUGAUGGCUGCUACUUGGUUAGCAAGGGCUGGAGUUCCUUUCAGAAUCAUUGAUAAGAGAUCGGACAAGAUAUUUUCAGGCCAGGCUGAUGGUUUGCAAAGUAGAACACUUGAAGUCUUUCAAUCGUUCUCUGGAAGUUCGUUUGAUAUGACUGGUUUGGAUUCGGCUUGGAAAAUGGCCAACCAUAUGAUUGAAUUAUGCUUCUGGAACCCAGAUGAAAAUGGUAAUCUAGUGAGAAGCUCUAGAAUUCCAGAUAGUAUACCUGGUAUCUCUAGAUUUCAACAAAUUGUAAUCCAUCAAGGUUACAUUGAAAGAUGGUUUGACGAAACGAUUAAGAAUUUUUCUGAAGGACAAUCAAAAGUGGAAAGACCAUAUUUGCCAAUUAGUCUUUCCAUUGAUGAAAGUAAAGUGGAAGAUAAGGAUGCUUAUGCUGUUAAAGUAUUGGUUAAAAAUUUAGCUCUGGAAGAUGUUAGUAAUCCUGAACAAUUCAAUGCAAAGGUUGCUAACGGGCUCUACAGACAAUUUGAGGGUGAUCAAGAAAGAUUUUACUCAAAUAGUAUUGAUAUCGAGCAUGAUCCUAAUGUGAAUGUUGAUGACUACGAAAUUAUUAACUGCAAAUAUGUAUUAGGAGCAGACGGUGCUCAUAGUUGGGUCAGAAAGCAAUUGGGAAUUGAUAUGGAGGGUGAGAGUACCGAUUUUGUAUGGGGAGUAUUAGACGCUGUCCCAAUUACCGAUUUCCCAGAUAUCAGGCAUCGUUGUGCUAUUCAUUCAUUAGAAUCUGGUUCUGUUAUGGUUAUUCCAAGAGAAAAUGAUUUGGUUAGGUUAUAUAUUCAGUUGAAAGAGGUUCCAAGAGAUCCAUUAACGACCACAGAUGUAUCUGACAAUGAUUCCAAGGAACAUGCUAAAGGAAGAAUUGAUAGAUCCAAGAUCACUCCUGAAUUGAUUCUAAAAAAUGCUCAAGAUAUCUUCAAACCAUUUAAAUUUGAAAUUGAAGAUAUUGACUGGUUUACAGGUUAUCAGAUUGGUCAAAGAGUUAGUCCUAAAUUUAGCAAGUUCAAUCGUGUAUUCAUUUCAGGUGAUGCUUGUCAUACUCAUUCACCCAAAGCAGGUCAAGGAAUGAAUGUUUCGAUGAUGGAUACUUUUAAUUUGGGAUUUAAGUUAGCGUUAGUAUGCAAGGGUCUUGCUAAGUUGGAUAUAUUAGAGACUUACGAAAGUGAGCGUAUUGAAGUUGCAAAAGAAUUAAUUGCAUUUGAUCAUAAACUUUCUAGGUUGUUUAGUGGAAAACCUAUGAUUCCAAAUUCGCAAGCAUUUCAAGAUGGGGUAGAUAUGGAUGAAUUUCAUAAAGUUUUUCAAAAGGGAGGAGAAUUUGCUUCAGGAACUAUUGUUGACUAUGCCGAUUCUUUAUUAAUAGACAAAUCAUUAACACAUCCAGUUGAUGAAGAUGGAAAUUCUUUUUCAUCUAUUGCUAAGAAGGUUGCCGUAGGUAGAAGAUUAAAUUCUACCCUUAUUGAAUGUCAAGCUGAUGGUAGACCAAUCCAUAUCGCUGAUAGAAUACUUUCUGAUGGCCGUUUCAGAGUCUUAGUGUUUGCUGGUGAUGUAAAUAGUUAUCCGCAGAAUUUGAAAAUAUUAGAGGAGUUCGAUACUUUCUUAAAAUCAGAUAAGCAUUUUCUGAAAAAGUAUACCCCAGUGAAUGCUUUAGACAAUUCAGUGAUUGAUAUUAUUACUAUCCAUGGAUCCAAGCGUCAUGAUGUAGAAAUCUUUGAUUUCCCAGAGUUUACCAGACCUACUGAUCACAAGCAUCGUCGUGACUAUUGGAGACUCUACACAGGUAUUGAUUCGACAUACCAUGAAGGCGAUAUAAAUGCUUAUGAGUACUAUGGAAUUGAUACAAAGAAUGGGGCUAUUAUUGUGGUUAGACCUGAUGGAUAUGUUGCAAAGAUUACCAACUUUGAUCUGAACGGGUUACACCAAAUUGAUCAGUAUUUUGAUAAAUUCAUGAUUCCUCAAAAUUCAAAUGUCUUAACUCCAAAAGAUAAAUUGAUCAAUGAUAGGGAUAGAUUUGUAAAGCCAUUAUUAGCUGUAUAGUACUUUAGCCAUGCUCCAGAUGUUAGAAUAAGCUAAAUGUCUAUCUUUCUAUCUUUCUUUAUUAGUCUUUUAUAUAUGAUUAAUGUAUAUGUUUGUUUGUUUUGCUAUAUAUUAUUACGAUUUAUUAUGGUUUUUUCCAAAUUACAUUAUAAUUGUAGGAUAA